UUUGUCCAUUUCCAAGUUCUAUUUGCUGGAACACUACUGGAUAUCUUCAUCAUAACUGUAAGCCUGUCUUUGGCAGGAAAAGUUCAGGUAGUGGGCAAAAGAAUGCAAAAAAUUUCAGCGAGCAAAAUCGAUCGACUGAUUUCUCAGAUAACUAGAGAUACUAUGGCCCUGUCUGGAAUGAACUUUUUUUACUUGAGGCGCAACAUUAUCGCUGGUUCCAUCGUUACGUACGAAUUGGUCCUUAUGGAAUUUGCAGGGAGUUUUCUGAAAGAAGGCCAAGUAACAAACAGGACUUCAACUUUAUAA